ACGUCCCUCUCGCAGGGUUCCAACAACGCCCUGCCGUCCAUGUGAGCAAAAUGGCGACGCAGGCGGCCGCUGCGCUCCUCGAUGAGCUCAUGGGAAGGGCGAGAAAUGUGCUUCCCGAGGAGAGAAAUCAAAAUGUGCACUGGGAUUCACCCGAGGUGUGUCGUCACUACCUGGUGAAGUUUUGUCCACAUGACCUCUUUACAAAUACAAAAUCUGAUCUUGGACCAUGUGACAAGCCUGUCCAUGAUGAGGAAUUAAAAAGGGAAUUUGAAGCUGCCAAUUCCUAUCGCCGCACUGCCUUUGAAGAUGAAUUUGUUAGAUAUGCAGAGUCCAUGCUUACAGAAGUAGACAAAAGAAUAAGAAAAGGAAAACAGCGGUUAUCAUUGUCAGUUAAAGAUGCCUUGGCCAGUAGCACAACAGGUGACGGGCGAGUAGAUGAGCAGCUGGAACUCCUCUCCGAAAGAAUUACAGGUUUAGUAAGUGAAGCCGAAAGACUAGGUUCAGAAGGAAAUGUUGAAGAGGCCCAAGGUCUCCUUAAACUUUGUGAUCAACUACGAGAAGAGAGAGACUCGCUACGCAGAAGUAAUGAAAAUUCUGUAUGGCAUCAGGCUGCGGAGAUGGCGGCAUCACAAGAAAAGCAGAUGGAGGUGUGUGAAGUAUGUGGUGCUUUCCUGAUUGUGGGUGAUGCGCAACAACGAAUUGAUGACCACUUAACAGGAAAGCAGCAUGUGGGUUUUGCAAAGCUACGUCAGGCCAUUCAGGAAAUUAGAGAUAGUCGUGAAAAGGCAAGAGCAGAGAGAGAAAGUCAGAGAGAAAAGGAGAGAGAAGAAAGACGCAAAGCCUUACAAGAAGAAGAAAAGCGUAGAGAGAAAGAAAGAGAAGAGAGGAGGAGAAAAGAUGAAGACCGCAGACGUAGAAGUAGUGACAGAGAUCGAGAUCGUGAGCGUGCAGAGAGAAGUAGAGACAGAGACCGUGACAGAAUGAGGGACAGAGAUUAUCGUGACAGGAGACGAUCACGCAGCCGAGACCGCGAGAGGAGACGGUCUCGCAGCAGAGACAGGGAUUAUAGAAGUUCACAUUCAAAAGACAGAGAUAGGAGAGAGAAAGACCGAGACAGGCAUCACCGUUCGCGAAGUCGCGAGCAUGACAGAAGGAGACACAGGGAAGAAAAUGGUAAUUUUUAAGCGAUCUGUACCACCGUGAAUACUGAUGAGUGACAGGGCAAUUGUGAAGGAGGAGCCAAGAGGGAGAUGUGGAGAAUAGAGUCCGAUGAGCGGGAAAUGAAGGCUUAACCAGUGAGUGAUCUCCACUUGAGGUAAGUGGCAACAUGUUUGUGGUUUUUCCCCCCUACAGGUUCUUCACCAGGUGAGUGCACAUGGUACAUUGUUUGCCUGCCAUGAGCUGGUACCUGUGGUCCCUGCUAACCUCCAGUGAUAACUAGAUUCUAAGCUCUGGUUCUGGCUCUCUCUCAUGAGUCUUUGGAGUUGGUAAAGCUCUGUCUGUGAGCCUUUUUAUUUUUUUAUUUUUUAUUUUAUUUUUUUCUAUGCAUAAUUUUGUGUAUCUGAUAAAUGCGUACAUACACACAUACACAUAGGCAUACAUACACACACACACAUAGGCAUACACACACACACACACACUCACACACACACACACACACACACACACACACACACACACACACACACACACACACACACACACACACACACAGGCAUACACACUAGCAUGCAAACACGGACCCAAACAUGUACAAACACUCCCAAACGUGUACACACACACACACUCACACUCUCAGAGAUACAUGCACACACAUACAGAUAAUGCUUCAUGCACACACUCAGAUACUCAUCUCACAAACACUCACACACAGGUACACACGUACAUACACAUAUACACACGCUGCUCGCAUGCACACUCACAAAUACAUACAUAUGUACACUUUACAUAUUUUCAUGUUGAUAUUUACAUGCCAAGGGGUGAAGACAUAGUAAAAGGAAGAAAAACUCGUCUUACUUUCUCUUCCCCCUUAAUUAAUUAAUUUCCACUCGUGACAGUUGCAGCUUUGAAAAUGAGGAAUAGUUUAGCAGUGGCUUCUCAUAGCUAUGUUAGCUGAUAUUUUUGUUGCUCCGUUUACUAACCAAGUUUCCUAAAGUGAUGGAAUAAGCCAGUGAUUAAUGGUCUAUAAAUUAUAGAUUGAUUUGAUUGAUUUGGAGUUACAUCCUCAUUGUCCUUCUUGAAGAUGUGUCUUUCAGUUUUGGCUAACACUCGAUCUUGAUAAAGAGAAAGUUAAGUUGUGUUGGUUUAUGUAAGUGAUGGUAGUUAAAAUAAACAUCUGCAGUUAAUGUUGCUUAUGAUUGAAUUUAUUUAAAUGUAUGAUUUUGUGAUACAUUCUUUUGCUGUUAGCCAAACAUUUGAUAUUAUGCUUGAAUGGGAUAUUAAGUACAUUUUUGUAUGAUAAACUUUUGUGGUGAUGAAUAUAAACAUUUUUCUUUAGGGUUUUGGUAUUUCCAUUUUUGUUGGUAAUUACAUUUAUUUACCUCAAUUCUAAGUGCAGUGGAUUUUUAUUUUUCUCAUCCCCACACUAUGUAAUCAGAACAUAAUCUUGCAGUCUUAUAAUAUGGCAAAAACACACACAAGGACUUUUGUGCAAGGUUUUGUUUGUAUUUCAGCUGCUCAUUUAUUUUAUAUACUUAGUAUUUUGCAUUAAUUCAGCAGUUUGUUCACUUCUAAAAAAAAAAAUGAAAAUGAAAGGAUUAGAAUAUUUCUUUUCUUUGAAAUGUAUAUUUUUAAAAUUGCCAUUAAUGAAAUGAGAAAUGAAGGACAACCAGAAGGAAGAUGUUUGUAGAUUUGCUUUAUUUUAGGCCAAUUAAAUGUAAUUUAGUCUUUAAAGGUGAUACUCUGAUGAUAAAAUGUGUUUUGUUCAUGAUAACAAAGAUUAAAUGAAACUGGACUAUAAUUAAAGAAAAAUUGCCUCAUCUUAUUUUUAUGUAUACAACACUUUUCUUUAUUUUUAGAGAAAAUUGUGUGAUGUGCAUUCAUAGGCCAGUAACUUGGCACUCGUUUUAGUCUUGACAUACUGCUUUCCAUCAAUCUUAAUUUAUCUCAAGGUAAAUGAAGUCUAAGGUAACAGUGGUAGUUGAUUAAGUCUGAAAAGAAUUAUACAUCUUGAUUGAAAAUAUAUAAGCCUUUCUUUCAGAAUAUGGGUGUCUGGUAUGAAAUGAAUAAUGAAGAGAAAUGUUAGGCACGUGUGGAGAAUAGUGUUGGAAUUGACUGUUUUUAAGAUUAGAAAAUAAGAGAAUUUGUUUUUAGUUAUUUAACAUACACAUUGUGACUUUUCUUGUUAGUUAGAAAUAAUGGUUGGUUGUGUACAGUAUAAGAAUAUCAGUUAUUUUACAAACAGUCAAGGGGUUAUUGUAGUGCAGUGUAAGUAGUCAUUUUCAUUGAUGUAUAUUAUUCUCCUUUUCUCAUAGCACAUUUCUUGUUGGAGAGAUACCAUGACCAGUAUUGUUCAAUUUAAUUAUCAAUUAUUAAUUGUAAUUAUUAUGAUAGGUGUAAAAUUUAUCAAAAUUAAAGGAGACAAUAUUCAAGAUCAAGAUUUUUUACAUCCCAUGGGAAGAUUGGAUGUAAGACCUCAAUUUUGAAUUUUAAGACAAGUCUUGCCUUAAUUCAUAUUUUAAAAGGCCUUGGGAGAUUUACUCAUCUGUAUUGUUUUAAGCUUUUGUAUUUAUUUCAUGUUUGUUGUCCUGAUCCAAUAAUUCAGGUUUUCUUGACCACACCUACUGUCUUACCAGUCGAGCCUAUUGUCGUUGGUGUAGCCGAACAAGGCUUUGUCUGUACCACUUAUUUUGUCUCUGGAGGUAAGUGGGUAACUUACAGUGACAGAAAAUGUGCCAAACCGCAAAGUUUUACUCAGUAAUUUCAUAGAAAGACCAGUAACAUUAUGAAAUGGUUUUUGUAUGCUUUAUGGGACAUUAUGGUACUGCAGCAGGGUUCAUUUUGUCCAGUUAAUUUAGCUCCAUAUAUAUAUGUAUAUAUAUAUAUUUAUAUAUAUCCAUACUUAUAUUUAUAUUUACAUGUAUUAGUAGGUUCAGAGUUGACGAGAAAUUCAUUUAUUUGGGCUUCUACCCAGUCAUGUCUAAUCGAUGAUGUGUUUAGUAUAUUUUGCUCUCUUCUAAAUCUGACUGAACAUUUUACAUUGAUACAUUUUGAUGCUUCAGCUCACAGCAUAUGCCAAGUUAAUGAUGAUCAAAUUUUUAUUUUGAGAAAAGAGAAAAAUCUUGUUUAUUGUGUAUGUAUGCAUGGUUAUAUGCUGUGAGUUUGCAUACCAGCCAAAGAUACUUCUGUUAGGGGGCAACAGCUCAGGAUCUUUUAUCUCAGACUUUUCUCUUAAGAAUUGCACCCAAAUUAUAUAAUCAGGUGUCAAGUAGUGUUCUUCGCCUGUGUUGAUUAAUUAAUAUUACUAGAAUUCUUCUUUAUCACAGUCUGACUGUAUCUUGGGUUUCACAGGGUAACAUCUGGCAAGAGAAAAGAAGACCUUUUCAAUCUACUACAGCAGUUGAGAGCGUCAGCACUUCAGUCGAGCCACAGACGAUGCAUGUUGAGAGAUGCAGAAGUACUGAAGGACACUGCAGCCUCCACUUUGUGUUAGCCAGGUGACCCCCCUCAUUUCACACUCCCUUCUCUGCCUCCCCCACUUGGCCUCUUCCCAGCCCUACCCAGUAUGACAUCCCAAAAGGGCAUUCAAUGGUUCCACAGACUGACUUCACAAGAUUUUUUUUUUUUUUUUUUAUACAUUUUUAAUUUACUUUUUUUUUAUUAUUAUUAUAUUAUUAUUAUUUUUUUUUUUUCCCUCUACCUUUUAAAAAUUUUCUAUCGUUACUUUUUUUCCCCCUUAUAGGUUUCACUGUAUAGGUAUUAGGUAGAACAAUGUUCUGUAUUAAACUUUGUUUGACUGUAAAAUAUCUCUGUAUAUAGUUUGGAUACUGUCAACACGACAUGUACUUUUGAAGUGUAAUGUAAGGGUGUUAAAACAUCACUUGUAUGCAUCUUAGUUUAGGUGUGAUAACAACCUCUUCAAACAGAGUUGUGAUGCUGUUUAAGGAAGUUCGUUGGUUGUCCGGUCACAUUCCAUCAAGUAUCUCAUCUCUCCACUCUAUUAAGGUGAGAUAUUGUGAAUUGUGUCAAUAAAUGUGUAAAACUUA